AUCUUCCUCUUGAUUUCCUGAACGUCCCACCUUCAUGAAGCGCAUGCUGGUGACUAAGCAAACCGUAAAUGACGCCACAAACAGGAUUUUGUAGGAUGAGGGUGGAGUGAGUGACCAUUGCCAUUUUAAAGCAGUACAAGGACCUGGGAGGCUCGUUAGAUUUGUUUACUGCUUCUCAACCCGUUUCUAAAACUUAAGAAUCCAAACUUAAAAGACUAUGGAGGGUGCAAUGAAGUGCGUGAAGUUCCUGUUUUUUUUCUUCAACUUUAUCUUCUGGUUGUGUGGCCUGGCUCUCAUCAUAGUGGGCAUUGUGGCGAGGACAGCAAUCACCAAGAUUCCUGCGAUUCAGGAGCUGGCCAGCAGCGGAUCCCCCAUUGUGAUCAUCGUGGUAGGAGCCGUGAUCUUCUUAAUCGCCUUCUUCGGCUGCUGUGGAGCGUGGAAAGAUAACUACUGCAUGGUCACUACGUUUGUCGUCCUGCUCUCAAUCAUCAUCAUCAUCGAAAUUGGAAUAGCCAUUGGUGCUUAUGUCUUGAAAGGAAAGCUGGAGGAUCUGCCGGAGAAGGUCCUGCAGGAAAUGAUGAAAAAUUACACAACAAAUCCAGAUGUUCAGAAGAACCUGGACGAAUUACAGAAAGAGCUGAAAUGCUGUGGAGCAAUGAACUCUUCUGACUGGGCGUUCUUCAAGCCUGACAAGAACUCCGUUCCCGACUCCUGCUGCAAGAACAUCUCAGUCAACUGUGGAGCCGGAGCCCUGAAAGACGCCAACAAAAUCUAUAUAGAGGGCUGUGGGGCUGCUUUGGAAACUUUUAUCAAGAAAAACCUUCUCUGGGUUGGCGUAGCAGCUCUUGUCAUUGCCUUCAUAGAGAUCUUGGGUGCUGUGUUUGCCUGCACGCUUAUGAGAGGGAUCCGCAAAGGCUAUGAGAUCUGCACUGUGCUCCUUGGACUUUCCCAUAAUGUAUGCUGUACAAUCAUUCUGCUUCAGAAAAAGAAAAGCCCAAUAUUGCCAUGACA